AACUUAAGUGCAAUGAACGAGGCGGGCCGAUGCGGUCGUGUUGCACUGCACGUGUCUUAGAUUUGUAAUAAUUUGAGCAUGGACAGUUAACUUCUAUAAAUAAUUUGACAUAUUAUUAAUGACGGAACAUUUGAACGAGAAGUGUACCUUGACUAUGAUUUGAUAACCUGGCUUAUCAAGAUCAUUAGACUACUGAUGUGCGUUUUAUGAUAUUAGAAUAGCGGCAAUGGAGAUGUCGUACCAAGGAGGAGCGGAGGCCGAAAGCCUUCUGCGACCAGAUCAGAGGAAUGCCGUCGUCAUGCCUACGGGAGCGAGAGCAGGUUGGGAGGCCGAGGAGAAGGCGCCGUUCCUUCGCAACGAGCCGGUCAAACUCACGCCGGCCUGGGAGGGCUCCAACCUGCCCAAUGACACCCUCAACCUCAAAGGUAUAGCCAUGGACCUAACUCCACCAAAGGACCGAUGGCACCUCAUCUAUAUAACCCUCUUGAUACACGGGCUCGGCACGCUGACGGCUUGGAAUAUGUUCAUCACGGCCAAGGACUACUUUACCACAUACAAGUUGGUUAAUACGUGGUACGAGGCCAAGUACAUGGACUACACAGGGCUCGCCGCACAGAUACCCAACUUCUUGUUCAGCUGGUUCAACGUGUUCGUUAAGUUAGGCGGAAACCUGACCACGCGUAUCGUGUGGUCUCUCAGCAUGGAGGUGCUAAUAUUCGUGUUCACGAUCGUGAUGGCCAUGGUGGACAGCAGCCAGUGGCCGGGGAUUUUCUUCUGGCUGACACUCGUUUCCAUCUUCUUGUUGAACGGCUGCAACGCGAUCUUCCAAAACUCCGUGUACGGCGUGGCGGCGCGCCUGCCGCCGCAGUACACGGGCGCCGUGGUGCUCGGCUCCAACGUGUGCGGCACGCUCGUCGUGCUCGUGGAGUGGGCCUCCGCCAGCGUCGGCGGCAGCAAGCGCACGGCCGCCAUCUACUACUUCAUCGCGGGCAUGUUCGUGCUCCUAAUAUGCUUCGAUACUUACUUCGCGAUGCCUUUAAACAGGUUCUACCGCUACCACGACACGCUGCAACAGCGUACAUUACGCGUGAAUCCGGCGCUGGCCGCCACCGGACAAGAAGACACAAAGAAGAAGAUACCAUACAAAACCAUCUUCCGGCAAUCCUGGGUGCAGCUGUAUAACAUAUGGCUGGUGUUCUUCGUGUCGCUGGCCGUGUUCCCCAGUGUUCAUUCAGAUGUGAAGGCCAGCACGCCAGGUUUCCUCGGAGACAACUUCAUGAGGCUCACCUGUUUCCUCACCUUCAAUCUUACAGCCAUGAUUGGAAACAUCACUGCCAGUUUGUUCCCAUAUCCCACGAAACGCUGGCUAUCCAUCUUCACGACCGCCCGCCUGGCCUUCAUCCCAUUCUUCCUUCUCUGCAACUACCAGCCCAAGGGCGUGGUGCGGACGCUGCCGGUGCUCAUCAAUAAUGACAUCGUGUAUUGGAUCGGCGCAGUGCUGUUAGGGUGGAGUUCUGGACAUGGCAGCUCCUUGGGGAUGAUGUAUGUUAGCGGUACGGUGGCACCCGAGCACGCCGCCACGGCCGGCAUGCUGGGCGGCGCCACGCUGGUGACGGGCAUCACGUGCGGGCUCGUGUUCGCCUUCUUCGCGCCCGCGCCGCUCGUCGCCGCCGCGCUGUGGGCGGCCGCCUAGCGCUGGGCCGCCUACCUCCACGGCGGGUGGACGAUGCUCCUCAGGGUUCUCACCCAGUGAUACGGCCAUUAGGCGACUGUGGCAAACAGUGUUCAGUGUGGUGUUGCUAACAUUCAAUAUAAUGAUUGUUCGCCUGCAGCACGAGCUAACUGUACUCGUCACACUAGUAGUCUAAUAAUCGAUGUACAGUCAGCUGCAGAUAUAACUGACCGCCUCUGCAUAGAAGUUUGUUUGCAGGGGCUGUAGCUGAAUGUAAGAUAACUAAACGAUAUCCUGCAUUAUUUUGUUGGGGUUACAAGAAGUCGCCUUUGAAAAUAUAGAAUGCAUUUCAUUUCCAAGGCUAGAACUGUACUCGUCAAGCUAGCAGUUUAAGUGUACACCGAUAAAUUAGUGUUCAAUGUGGCCAAAGUAAAGACGCUAAAUUCGAAAACUUUCGUACAUUGAACCUUUCCCAUCUCUAUCAUACACAAUUAUAUUAUUGUUCCGCUCGCACAAUAGUGAUAGGAAAUAGCCAGUCAAUGUACGAAAUUCUUUGUGCUUUGCGUCCAUACUUCUAACAAUCACGAAUCGAGAAUCACGAUAACAACUAAACUAUGUUUAGUAUUAUGAGAAGUCACCUUUUUAAAGGUAAAUACUUACUGUUGAUAUUAUGUAUGGUGCGUAAUUAUUCGUUUUUAAUUAGUAUCAUAGACUAAUAAAUUACAAAAAGCGUUUAACAAGCAAAGUUAUCCAUUUGCGUUUCCAAAUCAUUUAUGUUUGGAAAUAAACAUUUUUUUUUUCAAUUACAUCCACUGAAAAAACAUUGUAAUGUUUACACUUUGGUUAUAAAUCCCAUACCUUUGUAUGGGUAUAUUCAGUGCUCAUUAUAUAAAUUUAAAAUAUAUCUAUUGUUAUCGAGAUUGAACCAGUUGUGUUGCAAGGAGGACAUUGAAAGAUGCUAUUUAAGAUAGGACUAUAGCUAUAGUGUAAUAAUAUAUAAAAGACAAACAAGAAAAGGUUUUAAAGUGCUAUAUUAAAACUUAUUGCUACUCCCAAAAACAGUUUUGCUAAAUAAUUUGAACCUGUCAAAUAAUAGUUAUUUACGAUACAAGUGUAGAAAAUCGGAAAUUCGCAACAAGUGGUGAUAAAUUAAAACACGACCGAAAGGAGUGUCUUAAAUCGACACGAGUUGCAAAUUACCUAUUCGCACGUGUAUCGUACAACGUUUUACAGUUCCUAUGGCUCUUUAUAGUUUCGACAUGUGCACGGAAAGAGCUCAUUCCCGCACGCGUGCGGGAAAGUAGCACCAUAUGUACUUUGUCUUAUCAUAAAUUGUGACAAAAUUGUUUAGAAUCACUUUUUUUACUGUUACAAUUAGGUAAAAUAGAAAAGGAAACACUUUUUAUAACUAGCAAAAUUUCGAAAUCUUUUCUUGCUGUUUACUGUAUUAUUAGACGGAAAUAAGAGCGAAAUUAUGACAUUUUCAGAUAACCUAAUUCAUAAUCGAAGUUAAAUAAGUUGUAUAUAUAUUGAGAAGCAAAAUGCAUGGGAAAUAAUACAAUGUAUAUACAAAUAUAAUCGUGUGAGAAAUGGGCUCGAAGUCUUGCCAGGCGAUAUUAAGACUACACAAGAGGAAUAACAAUGGGUAUAAUUAUAUUUUCUGUAGAAGUCAACACUUAGUUAAUUUUAGUACUUCUAACCAUUGAAAUUGAUAAAAUUAGUGCGAUAUAUUCACAAAAUAAUACUAGUAUGAGAUGACAUUUGCCGCGAUCAGGAUUCGAACCUGCAAGCUUCUGCCACAGGCGGUUGUUCUUAACCAAGUGAGUUAUUACAUACACACGUGAGUCGAAAAAUUUACUUUACAUGUUGCUCUAAUUAGCCUAAUAGGGAAUAUUACGCGAAACUCUGCGUAAGUGGCGCCACUACCACAAUCCAUCACAUUCUGAGGGUCUACCGCGAAACAAGAAAAUCGAAAUUUCGUUAUCUAACCUCUCUAUCAUCUUGCAUAUUCAAGCGAUGAAGAGGCAGAUAACUAAAUUUCGAUAUUCGCGUUUCCCGGUAGGCCCUUUGUAAACAAACCGCCUUGAUGCAUCAAUGUCAUAUAUUAUUAUCUGUAAAAACUUGUCAAAAAACAGUUUAAGGCACAGUAUGUAUAAGUUACUCUAUGGUUUAUGAAAGGUGCUAGUGCUGGUGCUGUGCUCUGCGGCAGAACAUUGCAGUAAUACUCCCUAUUGGACCCAUUAUUAUUACUUUUGACUAAAAUUCAUGCUUGUGCUUCUAUAUGAUAUGACUAUGGAUAGUAAAAUGACAAGUGUUUAUAUACGCCUGUCUUGUAUAUGAUAUACAUAAUGUUAAGUUUGUAAGUCGAUAGAAAAAAAUAUUAUAGUUAGUACAAAGCAGUUGAAGCAAGUAUUGUUCGAAGGAAAAGGCUAUGUUGCAAUAAGAAAGUUAUAAAAUGUUAUAAUUACGACUUCAUUUUGAAUUUGCUUGACUAAACAAAUAUUUUAUCAUGAUUUUCGUUAAAAUUCCGAUAUUUUAUUCCCUGAAAAUUUGUUGUUUUAAAUUUGCAUAUUAUAUUGAUUACGAUGUUUAGUUGAUAUAUUAAAUAAGGUUUCGUGGGUUAAGUGCGCCUUUUCUAGAAAUAUAAGCAUGGAAUAGAGGUACUUUCACCAUAGGUUCACUUUGUCUCUUUGAUUUUGGAAGUACUUUUUACCAGUACUUGUAUUUUUGUAAAGGAGAAGUGAGUUAACCUUAAAAAAAAAAACAAGGCAAAAAUGUGAGUUUUUCAAGUUAACAAAAAAAAAAACAGAAUAUUAUCGUUAUAAUAAGGAUUCGGGUAGUUCCGGAUGGAAAAAAGUGGCGUAUAAUUCCGAAAAGGGACCUAUUACAACGGAACUUAUUCCGAAUGAUUUUCGGGAUUACCCAAUUUCCGAAAAUACCCGAAUACACCUUAAUUGUAACACAGUCAUAAAGAUGACAUUUGGAUUUUUUUCUCUUUAUCUGUACCCUACCCAACCUAACCAAACGCACACUGAUUUUAUUUUAACUUUACUGUAUUUAAUUACACUAAUAUAAUAACAGGCAAGAAAAUGGCACGUAAAAGUCAUAUAUAUCUAUAGCUUAAUGCCUGAUUACACUUUGGCUACAGUUAUAGUAGUUAAAGUGUAGUUUAAAUAAAGGGACUCCAGUUAAACUAGAAACUGUUAAAGUACAAGAAUAGUCACAAUUUGUAAUUUAUUAUAGUUUUGGUUACAAUUAUAAAAUCGAAAUAGUUUAAUUGUAGUUCCUUUUUUGAACACCGGCUGAAUGAUUCCUCGUAACAUAUUUUGGGUAUGUUUUAUAGACUGAGCUAAUGUUAUGUUAAGUAAUUAAUAUGGAUUAGAUUAAGGUUUAGUCCGAUGAGGAAGGGUGCCCGUUGACUGUUGUGUUCAGUAUGUUUGAGACCAAAUAUCUUUUAUUUUAUUUUAUAUUCGGUGCAUCCACACAGAACUAGCCGCCUCGGGAGGAAUUGCCGCGUGAAGCACAGUCUGUGUAGACUGCUUGCCCCGCCCGAGGCAUCGCGGCCACGCGUACGUUUCCCUCGCGAGGCGUCUCGUUCUGUGUACCCGCCUAUUGACUAGAAAUGUGAAAGUAAUUUUACUUGUAUCACUGCAAAUAUUAAUUUAUAGGUGAUAUGCCUUUAAUAUUUUGUAUUUCCAGUCAACUUAUUGUAUCGUCAUCGACACAAUUAACUGACUAAUCGUAACCCUUAAUUCAAUGACUUAAGGUUUACCAAUUUUCAGUUCAGGGUGUUCUAUUACUCAAAUAUUUUUAGCAACGAUCUUAUUUCCCUAAACGUUUGCGUUUCGACAUUUAAGUUGUGAGUUUUUUAUGUGAUAGUAAAUGUUUUUUAUUUA